ACAACGAACUGAAAGGUCAUAACACAAGGUUUAUCCUACUUAUUGUGUCUCUGCUUUUGUUUUUGUUUUUGCCAUCGAAACCAUGGAGAGACAGCAUAUAUUGGAUGUUCUUUCCGGAACAUUGGAUCCGAAUCCUCAGAUCAGGAAGCAGGCUGAAAACGAAUUGACCAAAUUCGAAUCACAACCUGGCUUCACACUUUACUGUUUGGAGCUAUGUGUUGACGAAUCUGUAUCGUUAUCUCAAAGAUCUUCAGCUGCUGUUUUCUUCAAGAACAGAGUUGCUAUCUAUUGGAAUUCUAACUCAUCAAGCUCUAUCUUAGAGCCUGAAAGAGAGCAGAUCAAAGUGAAGCUGAUUGAAUCUCUUAUAAAAGCUCACAAUGACAAUCACAUCAGACCACAACUGUCAACGUCUGUAAAGCUGAUAUUGGAUAAGGGCGAGUGGGUUUUAAACGAACAGAUCCUCUCGUUGUUGAACUCAACUUCAAACCAAGUACAUGUCUAUACAGGAUUACUUCUGUUGUUAGAAGUUGUCCGUUCGUUGAAAUAUACAACAACAGAUCAGAGCAGAGCCCCUCUGAAUUUGUACGUGGAUCAGACUUUCCCCAUCUUGGAGAAACUGGCCCCUGAGCUGAUCAAUCGUGAUGACUAUCAAUCAGGUGAGAUGUUAUACUUUAUCUUGAAGAUCUUCAAAUUUGUUACCUUAAUGGGAAUGCCUUAUUACUUGGCAAAUACAAAUAAUCUGUCGAAUUGGAUAUCAAUUCAUUUGAUGGUUGUUCAGAAACCAACUCCUCAAUCCGUCUUGGAGCUGGAUCCUUCAGAUAGGGUCCUGGACAGAAGGGUGAAAUGUAACAAAUGGGGGUUUGGAAAUUUGCAGAGAUUCUACUACAAAUUUGCCACUCCAAAAUCACAAUUUGCAACCCCAGAAUUUGUUGAUUUCUUUACUAAGAACUACGCUCCAGAAAUCCUGAAGGUAUAUUUUGGAGUCGUUGAGAAAUGGGGGUCAGGUACAUGGGUUAGUGAACCUGCGUUGUACAACUUGAUCACUUUCAUUGAAAGAUGUAUCAUCUACGACUCGUGGAGCUUAAUUCAACCUCAUUUCACAACACUCUUGAGACAUUUGCUCUUCCCAUGUCUCUGCCAAAGAGAUUUGGAACUGUACGAAACUGAUCCAGAAGAGUAUAUCAGAAGGUUCUUUGAUAUCAACAGAGAAACAUCGACGGCAGACGUUGCUGCUGUUGAUGUCCUGUUUGUCAUUGCACAUCAUAGAUUUGAGGAAGUUAACAACAUUCUCACCCUGCUAAACGACAUCUUUAACAAAUUUACUGAGGAUCAGAGCCUCGAAAAUGCAUUGAAAGCUGAAGGUGGUUUAAGAAUCUUGGGCUCUAUCUCCCCUUCGUUGUAUAGGGAGGAAUCACCAUUGAAGCCCCAAGUUGAUCAAAUCAUCGAUGGAUUUAUUGUUCCAUUGCUGACAGGUAAAUAUGAAUUUUUGAGGGCAAGAGCUUGUGAAACAAUAUCUCUGUUUGACUACAAAUAUAAUGAUAAAAAUGUCCUUUCGAGAGUCUUUCAAGGUGUUUUUGAAAACUUCAAAAAUAACGAAUCCUUACCAAUUCAGAUCGAAGCUGCAAAUGCUCUAAAGGUACUUAUCGCCGAUCCAUUGGUUUCAGAUGCAAUUAGAGCUGAAGUUCCACAGAUUGUCCAAAAAUUGAUGAGUUUGUCAAAGGAAUUUGAAUUAGACAUGUUAUCUGAAAUCAUGGAAUACUUUGUCGAAUUCUUCCCGGAUGAAUUGCAACCAUUUGCUCGUGAAAUGGGUCAGAGUCUUUGCCAACAGUUUGUUCAAAUCGCUACUGAAAUCAUUGAGAUUACAAAUUCCGGAGGUACUAAUGAUGCUAUCACCGAUAAAGAAUACCAGGGUAUCGCUGUCAUUAAUACAAUGAUAACUAUGGCAGUCACAAUUCCAAAGGUUGACUUUGAUGAGGUUUUCUUCCCUGCAAUUGAAUUUGUCGUCCAAAAUGCAGCAAUAAAUUUCCUUGCUGAAGCAAUGGAGUUGUUGGAUAGUUUGAUUCUAAACAAAAAACAAGUCACUCAGCAAGCUUGGGCUAUGUUUCAACAAAUAUUAGAAUCAUUUGGCACAUAUGCAGGUGAAUACUUUGACUAUUACAACUCAAUUUUCGAAGAUGUCAUCCUUUACGGGUUCAGAGGCUUAAACUCUCAAAGUCCACAAGUUCACGCUUUACAAACUGUUCUGCAUGAACUUCUUGAAUCUCAGAUUGACUAUGGUGAGCAAGGAACGUUUGAACUCAUUGAGUAUCUAACUAUCACCUUGAGGGAAAUCAAUUCUGAUUUUGCGUUAGUUUUGAAAACAUUCCGUGAACAAGAUCUUUCCCCUUAUUACGUUCUCAAGGUAUUUUUGGCAUCUCUUUAUGCAAACCCAGCAGCUGCGUUGCAAACCACUGAGUCAUUUGGAGAAACCGUUAGGCUUUUGGAGAUUUGGUACAAUUUGACACCUAUGCUUGAAAAAGUCUACGGGUUGAGACUACAAAUUGCUGCCCUCAUCUCGUUGUUAACUGCACAAAAUUUGCCAAAUACGCUUACUGGUUUCCUGCCACAACUUUCUGAGAAGCUUGCGCAAACCAUUGGCCGUCUUCCAGAGGCAAUUAGUAAAAAAGCCAAACUGAACAGUGAUGAGUACUUGGAAAGUGAAGAUUCUGAGUUUGAUGAUGAUGAGGCCUUUAGAAACACACCUAUGGAUUAUGUUGAUAUUGCACCAUUCUUUGCUCAAAGAUUACAACAGCUUCAACAGGUUGAUGCUUCAAGAUAUGAACUUGUUAUGACCAAUCUCAAGUCCAAUAUUGAUGUCCUCACUGGUGCAUUGCAGUACAGUGAUGAUUCCAAGUCUCAUUAAUAUGCAUUUUAGUAUGAACUUAGAUAGUUAUUUUACUGGUUAUCAAUCCCAAUAACCCGAG